GUCACUGCGAGCCAGCACGAGCUGAUAAUCCUAAUUCUCGGUGUCGUCUUGUCGUCGUGCACACCGAUUAAAACCUUACCUUGGCUCUCGCACCCUGGGACCGACCGUUUCUCUUAUGGUGUUCACGUGCGUGCCGCGUUGGCUGAAAAUCGAUGCGCCGCCCGCUCUAUCGGAAGAAGGACAAGCGCCGCGGAGCCAAACCUCCCUCCGGUAGAAUAGCCAUUAUACUCUUCGGUCUCCUCGCCUUGAUCAUAGGCUCCAUACUAAUAACGAUACCAUGGGUCGAUUACAUCAUACUCAGGCAAUUGAGGUUGUGGAACGGCUCGCUUAGCUUUCAAUAUUGGCAGAAGCCCGGUGUCGUGCGUCUCACCAAAGUGUACAUAUUCAACGUGACGAACGCCGAGAGCUUUUUGAGCUUCCAGGAGAAGCCCAAGCUCCAAGAAGUUGGUCCCUUCAUCUACAGGGAAGAUAUGGAAAAGGUGAACAUCGUCUUUCACAACAAUGGAACAGUCACGUAUCAGCACAAGAAAAUCCUCAACUUCGUACCAGAGAUGUCAAAAGACAGCGAUCUUCGAGUACUUGUGCCGAACAUUCCACUCCUCACCCUGUCGACGCAAAGCAAAAGCCUGCCCCGGAUACUGACGAUGGGCCUGUCCAUGUUUCUCAGCGGCAUGGACAUGAAGCCCUUCGUACCAGUGACGGCACAGGAGUUGGUCUUCGGCUACGACGAUCCGCUGAUCAGCAUAGCCCACCGAUUUUUCCCGAAGACGCGACGCCCGAUGAGUCAAAUGGGCCUACUCCUUGGACGGAAUGGGACGCUGAGCGAGGUGUCGACGAUUUACACGGGCCACACGGACAUGAAGGAAUUCGGUCUCUUGAACAGACUAAACGGAAUGGAUAAGCUUCCUUAUUGGCCGGACGCCCCGUGCAACUCAAUUAGAGCCUCGGAAGGCUCAUUCUUCCCACCUCGAGACCGCACGGGCGAGGACAUCGUGAACGUGUGGGACAAGGACCUGUGCCGGGUAUUACCCCUCAAGUAUCGCGGUCCGGCGGAAAAAACCGGCAUCAAGGCGGACCUGUACACGCCGCCAGACACCGUCUUCGAUCCGCCCAGUGAACAGAUGCCCGACAACGAGUGCUUCUGCCCCGACGAUCCCAACAGUUGCCCGCCCCGGGGCCUCCAGAACAUCAGCCCCUGCCAGUACAGUGCUCCGGUGUAUCUAUCGUUCCCUCAUUUCUACAAGGCAGAUCCCAAACUUCUGGACGCUAUUGUUGGACUAAACCCAGUGCCAAAACUACACGAAACGUAUUUCAAAAUACAGCCGAAACUGGGGGUCCCGGUGGAAGGCAAGGUCCGGGUGCAGUUGAACCUAAAAGUCGAGCACCAGCCGGACAUAAGCGCAGUGGCGAAUUUCACGGACAUCGUGUUCCCGAUAAUGUGGCUAGAGGAGGGCGUGGACGAGUUAACUCCGUCGAUCCGCCGCUGGGUGUACCUGGCCACGACGUUCGCCGACACGCUGGUCCCCUGUCUCGCCUACGGCCUCGUUCUAGUCGGCAUCGGUUGCCUGUGCGUCGUCAUCUACAAGUCGUACAGCAACGUCGUCCUGACGCACGAGGCCAUCGAGCUCGGCAAGCGCACCAUACGACGGGGCUCCUCGUUCAUAGUCAACGGUCAGCACAGGCUGCUCAUGACCAAAGACUCGUACGUGCUUCUGCAGACGGAGGACCACGAGGACGAGCAGAAGCGAACUGCCCUCAAAACUUUCAUGACCAACGAUCCCGCGUUUGCCUACUGAUCGCUAAUAAGUUGCGCUGGUGAUGGCGACGAUCAUUUAUAUUAUCACUAUAUGAUUGAUCAUUGUUCAAAAGAUUUUUUCAAAUCGCCUUGGACUAUUCCGAUUGAUGAUUAAACGUUUACAUUUUUACCCUCAUUACAAAUGUUUUCCUUUUUUUUUUUUUUUUCUAUUAUUAUUAUUAACGUAACUCAGCUGUUUAUAUUACGAUUAGUUUUUGCGAUAGUCUUACCAUGUGCGUUAAUAAUAAUAAUAAUCAAUGAAUAAGUGCGUACUACUGUGGGAUACGAGUUGUUUAAACGAGCUUAAUGAACUUCAAAUGUUUCGAGUCACAAAAAAUGGUGUAGCCGAAACUUUUAGAUAGUUAUUAAAGUUCUUCUUAAGUUUUGUAAAAUCAGGAAAGGUAUUUAUGCGGCAAAACAACAAAGACAUUGUUCUUGUAAUCGAAAUUAUCAAACUUUGAUCACUGGAGGGUGUGGUAAUUAAUUAUUGUAUACUCUUUUGUGAUUUGGGUUGUUGCAAUUUUUGCUUCUCAGUAGAUAUUGAUAAAUUAUUUUUAUCAUUUGUAUGUACCAAGUUAAUUAAUAUAUCAAAGACUGCGUCAGAGAAGGUUAUUGUUCUUCAUAGUGCAAUAGAAAAUGUACUAUAGUGUGUGUUUAAAUUUUUUUGUAUUAUCUUUUUUUUACGUGUGUAGAAUGAUUCGCAGUCAUAGACAAUAGCGUUUUGUACAGCUUUAAGUUUAGGUACGAUUGUUAUAAUGCUAAGGUCUUGAGAGAAGGAUUUUUGAAGUGUCUUAUUCUGAGAGGAAAAAGUAUCGGGCAAAAAUGAAACAUGUUAGAUAACGCUGAAAAAAUUACAAUCUUUUUAAAAAUAUUACACGUGCGUAUGAAUUUUUUUCAGACGUAUUUUUGAAAAAC